GUUAUUUCUCCCAGAAAUGCUACCUAAUUGUUUUUUUUUGUUUUGUUCAAAUAACAGUUGCAGUGAUAGUGAUCAGGUUUUUAAAGUUACUCUAAAGUAUACUACCCCUGGCAAAAAUUAUGGAAAUUACCACACUUGGAGGAUGUUCACCUGGCUAGUUUUACUUCGCAGCAAAUAAACUAAUCACCGAUAUGAAACAAAACAUUUUUUGUUUAAUAGCUGAACAUUCUGGCUUCAUAAAACAUACCUAAAACAAAUUGAAUGAAAUUAUUUAAUUAAUGGAAUAUUUUUUCCAAAUCAAGCAGAGUUUAAAAAUUCUGUAAUCACCUUGUAAUUUGCAUUUCUAAAACAAAUUCCAACGCAAGUCUAAAAAUGCAAAUUAGUCUGCAGUUAACCCUCAAGGACCUUGAUGAGCUGUUUGACUUGGCUAAUUGUAAGGAAACAUGGCCCCAACAAAAUAGUUUUCAGUUGAAACAAUGGAACGCAAUCGAAAACUCCUUCAUGAAGGAAAUCUGAGUGUGGCAAAAGAUGGUUGGUUGUUCCCAGUCAGCUGUGUCUAAAAUUUGGUGCAAGUAUAAACAAAAUGGGAAGUUUAUAAACGUAAAACAUACGGUAGACCAAGGAAGAUGGCAAAUGUCAGGAUAGAAAACAAGAGCAAUAUGCCUUGCCUGUCAGUCAUUUUGCAUGUAUACAGCCUCAUGUACAUUUAGACUAUAAAUGAUUAAGAGAUGAACUGAGACAUCAGGUUAAUAAUACACCCUAUUGAAGCAAUGGCACAGCAAACUGGGGUUCAAUCAAAACUUCCGCUUUGACCGUUACUGACAGUGGCUUACACUACAAAACACUCAAUGAGAAUGAAGACUACAGAGGAAAACGAUGCAUACAGAAAGGAAUUUGACCAAGCAAGAGUGAAGACAAGAGUGAACAUUGGUGUGGCUUUUCAGUGCUGGAGAUACCUGAAAGACUCAAGCUUGCUUUGUUAAUGGUUGACCGGUGAUUAUUUUGUGGGGGUAAAAAACCCUGUAACCUGUGACCAGGAUACAACUGAAGAUGAAUGAAGGCUGUGUUCAUAAGUGAGCGUACAGAGAGGAGAAACCUAAAGCUUGUCAGUGUUCAUGUAGGGUGUCACUUCAUUGAGGUGGACGUCUGGCAUUUAACACAUUUAACUGCUCCAGUGAAAAUUCUCUUGUUGCUUUUACAGUUUUUCAAAUUUAACAUCCUUGCCAGCUGCAGCAAGAGCAGAUUGGACAUCAACGGAUGAAGCUUCAGGAAGUGCUUGGGAUGACAGACAGUUACCUCAAGAUGACGCAGCCUCAGCACCAGUGGAGAUAGAGUGUUAACAAAAAGCAUGACGAAUACGCGGAUAGCAGGUUCACGAGAAGUUGUCAGCUGGAACAGAAGAGAUGUGCAAAGGAGGCCAUUCAAUGCAGGUGCACACACAAACUUAUCCGAAACCAGGUAUAUAAACUUGACCAAGGAGGGGUUUGUGCAUCUGAUGUUCCGCUGCCUGGACUGCUCCAGUGAGUGCCGGAUCCGAGGGAAAGGCCGAGGUGAGCAUCUCACUUUCAGACAAGAGUGCCUGAUCUGCUGUAACUACAGAGUGUGGACCUCUCAGGCAGCUGAUGCACAAAACAACAAGGUGACUGAUGAGCGUUCGCCGUGUAGUGAUGCUCACAGGACGUCAUCCGACAGCAUACCUGUGACUGUAGACCAGGAACACCUGACUGAGUCACCAAAUCCCACGAGUGAGGACAACACUCGGGCUGCUGAGGAUUCCAUCUCGGUGAGAAAGGAACAUGACGAGAAUGUGAGGGAGGAUGAGCUGAGUCUCCUGAUGGAAACGCAUGAGGACAGUGAUGAGGAAGAGGGUUCAAAUCUUGCACUGAUAAGCGAUAAGCCUGCUAACCCAACUUACCCCGAGUCUUCUGAAACGCUGACAGCUGAUGAGGAACUGUUUAUUGAUGAGUACAGUUCUGAAGAGGUUGUUGGGAAAGAAAGUGACAAGUCCUCUCAAAACAGACAUGGAGAAGAUUUUGACGUGUACCUGCAGAGCUUCUCGGACAAUGCCAAUGUGAGUGCAGAUGAGGACCCAAGUGAAGAGCUCGCUGAGAAAGAGAGCGACAAGUUCUCUAAAAAGAGACCAGAAGAGGAUUCAGACGAGUACCUGCCGAGCUCCUCGGACGAGGCCUUGGAGAGCUGUGAUGAAGAAACGUCUGAUGAGGAGUUUACCAAGAAACCAUUUCAGAACACUAUUAAGCCAGUAAUUUGGUGUAUAGACUGUGAAGCUGUAGCUAAAAUGGUAUGCUCAAUACAGCGGCACGAGAAGAACUAUUGCUGUGCGGAGUGUGUCUCUGGCGAGAGUGUCGAGAUCCUCAGUUUAAAGGACUACACCGUUCAUUUUAGUGACAUCCGGAGUUUUCAUCUGCAUGCCAUGGCUGAGCAUUGUGGCACGGAAAACCUUUACGAACGCAAGAUCUGUCAGGACUGUAAUAAAACUAUCAGGGUGGAGACGGACCCCAACAAGAAGGGCCAUGUGUGCGAGUACAAGAUCAAACCGUUUUCCUGUGACGUGUGUCACAAGCGCUUCUUCACAGAAAUUGGACAAAAAGUGCACUACCGUCGCUUGCACGGAGAUUACCAGCACUCCUGCAAGUACUGCAUGAUGGUGUUUGAUACAAAACAGUCCAAGCUAGAGCAUGAGCAGAGUCACAAAGAAGACGGGCUGCUCUAUACGUGUCCGGACUGUCCAGAAAAGUUUCAAGAUUUCGUUACACGCAAUAAGCAUUUAAACACCCACCGAGGUAAAAAGAAAUACAUCUGCAGCACGUGUAAUAGGAAAUUUACCAGGCUUCAAAGUUAUGAGAGACAUGUGCGCAUACACUCAGGGGAGAAACCUUACAAUUGUGAGGUGUGCGAGCGUUCCUUCAGCCAGGAUGGACACUUGAAGUCCCACAUGCGUCUCCACACAGGGGAGAAACCCUUCCUGUGUGAGCAUUGCGGAGAGACUUUUAAUCACAACAUCAGCCUGAAGAACCAUCGGCAGAGACAACAUGACAUCGACUCUAGCUGUGUGCCAGCAGAGGACAACAAACAGAUCGGUAGACCCGUAAGGAACAAAGAUCAGCCUAGAAGGCAAAGAAAAACGCGCUCUACUGCUGAUGCCGACAUGGAGAGUUGUGAGUCCGGCUCUGAAGAAGAGCAGCAGAAAAGAUCUCGGAAGAGGAAACCCAGGAGGAAGAAACGAGGAAAAAAAUAAUGUACAAGCAGAGAACUGACUUGGAGCUGAGCUUGGUAAAGCUGCAAAGACAGAAAUGUACUUUUACACAUGCAGGAUCUCUUCAUUGACAUGAGAUGCAAGAAAUCAGAUGGUGUCAGAGACCACAUGAUUUUAUUAUUGCUUAUACACUCGAGCGGAAACCACCAGAAUUACUCAAAAGUAAAACAGUUACUAGCUAAGAGUUUGCUUACACGGUGUUUCCGCUAUAGGUCAGUGUUGGUUUUAAUAUGUGCGGUUGUGUAAUGUUGAAAAUCCAGUUAUAGUUGUUCCAGAAUAGUUCUUCAGUCUUACCAAAAGUGCCUUACAUUCCUACCAUGACUUCAAAAGAGCAUUAAACGUAAAGGGUUUAUUUUCUAUUUUAGAAAACAAAGCUGGCUGCAACUACAGAACAAUGCUGCUGUAUGUAACAGACGUCGUACAACCGAUAAGUGCACAUUAUUAUAUAAGUGCUUGUUUUUAAGGUUUGAGCAAAGAGAAUUAUAUAAGUUGAUUUCUUUGAAAUAAAUUCUUGUUACGAAAAUGACUGUUUCCUCUAUACUAAAAUGCAAAAGCAUUUUUUUAAAAAAAAAUCUUUGUUUAUGGGUAUAUAACAAGCUAGACAUGGGGUUUGAGAUUUCCGUAUUUGUACAAUGUACCAAUUACUAUAAUUACAUUUACUAUUACUACUACUUGCUAGUUAGGAGUAGGAAAUGUAAACAGUCCUGGAACAAUGGAAAAACUGCUAUGGCACUUUUUUAUGCACGUACAGAAAGGCUUCUCCGUCUAUGUUGAUUGUAGAUACAGAAGAAUAUGCCAUAAAGAAGCUAUAUUGAAGAUGCCACAUUAAGGAGAGAUUAUCAUCAAAUUUAAUAGUAUUUAUUAUUAUUGUGUUAGAGGUAGAACUCGUUACCCACCGUUAUCAAAAUGAUUAUUAUUGAGUUCUGAUGGUUAUUAGCCUGUUUGACUUUUCGCUUGAAUUAAAUGGCUUUAAUCUAGUCUACAACCCCAAUUCCAAAUAAGUUGAGACUCUGUGUAAAAUGUAAAUAAAAACAGAAUGCAAUGAUUUGCAAAUCUCAUGUUAUUCACUAUAGAACAUAGAAAAUAUAUCAAAUGUUUAAAGUGAGGAAAUGUAUAGUUUUAAGGAAAAAAUAAGGUAGUUUUGAAUUUUACGGCCGCAGCACGUCUCAAAAAAGUUGGGAGGGGGGCAAGAAAAAGAUGGAAAAGUAAGUGUUACUAAAAAGAAACACAUGGAGGAACAUUUUGCAACUAAUUAGGUUAAUUGGCAGCAGGUCUGUAUUAUAAUUGGGUAUAAAAAGAGUAUCUUAGAGGCAGAGUUUUGAGAAUUAGGGUUGUAAUUUCAAAAUUAUUGAUUAAUCUUUCAAAAAAUGUAACCUUGGGUCAUCUCAAGUAGUCUAAUAAUUACAAAGUUGAUUGCGUGACCGUUUUUACUUUUCCUAAAAAAUAAAUAAAUAAAUAAAUAAAUAAAGUGAUUAUUUCUAUGCAUUGUCAUUGCCUUCAGUUUUAAAAAUGCAUAUUUUUUUAAAACUUGGUUUAACGAUGACAACC